UCUCCACGUUCGAUUUGGGAAGGUUGGUUUAGCUGCUCGCUGCAAGGCUGUGGCCAAGGAUUGGCUGUUGAGGGGCUCAGUGCACUUUCUCCAGAGAACUGUGGCUGCGAUCCAGGUGGCCCGGCCAGGCUCCGGGCUGCGUUCUGCCCGCCUCGGGCAGCCAAGGCAACCAGAGCACUCGUGAUGGGGACGCCGGCCUCUGUGGUGAGUGAGCCACCCCUGUGGCAGGUUUCAACUGAGGCCCGGGGCCGCAAGCAGGCCUCUGCCAACAUCUUCCAGGAUGCCGAGCUGGUACAGAUCCAGGGCCUGUUCCAGCGCAGUGGGGACCAGCUGGCUGAAGAGCGGGCCCAGAUCAUCUGGGAAUGUGCAGGGGAUCACCGUGUGGCUGAGGCCCUGAGGAGGCUGCGCAGGAAAAGGCCCCCGAGGCAGAACCACUGCAGCCGGCUGAGAGCACCAGAGCCUGGAUCUACAGCGGCCGACUCACAGGCCAGCACCACUGAUGAGGCCUCUGGCGAGCAGAUUGGGAACUCCCGGAGGACAAGUGCCAGAGUCCACCGAAACUGGAAUAAGCCGGGUCCCACAGGUUACCUCCACCAGAUCAGACACUGACCCAGUGAAGGGUUGGGGAGGUCCUCCCCAGAUACUGCAGGGACUUU